GUUUGUAGUAGAGCUAGAAUCUUCGGGUCGCGGUCGUACUUUCUGAAAUUAAAGCAACAUGAAAAUUUACUUGAUACUGGGCCUGUUGUGCAUGGGCGUGACUGGAGAACAGAAGAUCAACUUGGACGACAUAGAGAGAGAUAAUUUGAGAGUGGAAGGUAUAUCGAAGUCCGGCAUUUCACAGUCCGAGGGAUCAAAAUAUCUCGCGAAGCCAGUAAUUGGCCAGCAACAGUACCAAAUACCAAACCAAUAUCGUGGACCACCACCACCGCCAUCACCACCAGCUGGUUCAUCAGUUACAUAUGUAACUCCUCCACCGGUGCAAAAUUACCCGACGGAAACGUACGUUCAACCUGGCAAAUACGCGAAGAAAGAGCAAAUUUACCAGCAACAGAACAACUAUCAGGAGCAAAUAUUACCACAACGAUAUUACAAUGAAUAUCAACAGGAACCGUUGCUAUUUCCGAAAAGGAUCGCGCCAAAUGUCUACGAGUCGCAGCAAUUGGCUUACCAGCCGGAAGUAAAUAUUGGCAAUCAGUUGCAGCCUGUUCAGCAGAAAGUGAUCUCACCGAAGUUUACGAAAAACGUGAACAAAGGCCAAGAGUACGUCAACAUCCCCAUGAUGCAUCUUUUAACUUAUUACCCGAAUUUAAACGUAAAUUCCGGUAAAACCAAUGGGUUAUUCGUACCUCAAUUAGCAACAACAGCGACCAAUCAUAUAAGCAUUCCUGUCUACACGUCAACGCUAAGUCAAAGGCCAGUAGUUUCUGCCAGGCCAACGUAUGAAAUACAGUACACUCCAAAACACAAUGCCGCUGUCUCGAAUAAGAUAACGAAAGGCGCAGCUUAUACGGCUCCGGUUAAUUCGAAGAGAUUCUCUGGUUCACCAGCUGAUUCACCGGCGGAUCAAACGUACGCUCAAGGAAGGCAGUUUUUGUACACACAAGCGUACAUUGCACCGUCCCAGCCACAGUACGUUUCUCAGCUGGUGUACGCUCAACCCACAGCAGUUUAUAUGCAAGCCACGCCAGUUUAUAGUGACGUUUACGUUCAUCCGUCUAACUACGACCAAGACAAUUCUUUGCAAGGCAGCGCGAGGUACACCGCCCCGGUUGAACAAUUGCAAUCCACGGUAGCAAUUGCCGACGAGUUGCCGAAUCAAGGUCUGGGACAGCAAAGCAGUCAGAGCGUGACUCAGAAUUACAUCAAGGAAGAACCGGAUGAACUGAACACUGAUUUAGUGCCACCUCAGAUACCACCACAGGAUUUUAAAUCUGAUACCGAGAGUGUUUCGUCGCAAGAUGAAGAACUGAUUCCAGAACAAAAUCAUGUAAUUUCGUCGGAACCUGCAUCACUGUUGGACUCGUACGUUCCAAGCAAUGUUAUCGCAGCUCAAGAUUCCUCUAGAUAUCAAGAAAGGCCAAUAAAGCUGGAGAGAGGCUUUCUCCCAUCGAAAGAAAAUUUCUUGUACAAGAAACGCAAAGUUGAAUAAUCUUUAUCUGAUAAUUAGUGGUCGUUGAAUAUAAUGGUCAGUAGAUAAUGUUAACAGAAGUUUCGGCAUUUAUUGUUGCUUAGAAACGAGUGAAAAUAUAUCGCCGAUAAUAAAUGGCGUGGCCAUAUCUAGUCUUUUGUCGAAGAUCGUUAAAUUACAAGUAUACUAAUGUUUAACUUUGCCGUUCUUCCCUUUUUUUCAUAUAUCCAUGAAUGUAUGUUUCACGUUACAUGAUUCUUAAUAAAUUUUUAUUAAACCUCA